GGAUGAACUAUUCGCCAAGAAAAGGGUCCGCUUAUCUUUCCUGGUUCUCGGCCCGAUUAGACUCAGACUGAGAUGCUUCAGGGACCUCGUCGAUAAAAGGCUUUACGUGCGCGUGCAGCCUUUUACGUGGGCUUGCAACACACCCUCGAGAAGCGACAAUGCCGUCCUCGAGCAAAGCGACGCAGACGGUCAACAUCGUCGGCGCGGGCGUCUUCGGCCUGUCUUCUGCGCUUCACCUGGCACUCGACGGCUUUCAAGUGACGCUGUUCGACCGCAACGACCUGCUGGCGACCCAGUACAGCAGCGUGAUCAACGAUGGUGCCAGCUGCGACAUGAACAAGAUCGUCCGAACCGCCUAUGGUGGGGACACACUGAUCCAGUCGUGGGCCAAUGAAUCGCUGCGGGAAUGGCAGAAGUGGGACGAGGAGCGGCGCAAGGCGGGCAAGGAGGAGCCGUUACUUGACCUCUGCGGCUAUGCGCGCCUGGACAAUGCCCCGCAGCAUCGCAGCUACGAGGCAGGCCAUCUGGCGUACUGCGAUGCCAAUGGCACACGGCACACGCAGUACGACCUGACGCUUGACGAGGACCAGCGACGGGCCGCCCGCGACGGCUGGGCCGCCAAGAUGGACGCCUUCACCAGACCAAAGGGCACCAUCGGCGUGCUCGAUUCGACGGCCGGCGUGGUCAGGGCGGCAGACGCUUGCCACUACCUGGCACGGCGCCUUGCCGACGAGCUGGGGGUGCGCUUCGUCACGGGCGAGACCCAGGGCCGCUUUUCGCACUGGUUGGAUGGGAAUUCCACCUCGUUUGUGACGGCAGACGGACGCACCCACCACGCCGACCGCGUCGUCAUGGCACUGGGGCCCUGGUCGGCUGAGCACGUUCCCGAGCUGCGGCCGAACCUGGAGGCCACCGCCGGCAGCGUCAUGAUCUUUGAGAUUGAUGCCGAGCGCACGGACCUACUGGCCAGGCACGACGCUGCCCACAUGCCCAUCCUUCACAUCAAACCCGGGCAUGACAUUGAAGUCGAGUCCGACGGCGGUGUGUAUGCGUUCCCGCACCAGGGCGGUCUCCUCAAGAUUGGCUCUCGUGGCGUCCGCUAUACGAAUCCGAGCCACGACUCGCUGCCCUACUCCCGGCCCAUCACCUCUGUCACCUCGCCGUCUCUGGCAGCCGUGCCCCGGCCUGCGGCGAUCGGCGUGGCCAGGUUCAUUGCCAACCACUUUCCACAUCUGGUCGAGCCGGACGAGUCCAAGGGCAACGCGCUGCCGAUCAAGCUCGUGCGCACGAGACUCUGCUGGUACACGGACACCUAUGACAAGAACUUUUUCAUCUGCGAGCUGCCCUUCCGGCCGGGCGUCGUGCUGUGCACGGGUGGAAGUGGCCACGGCUUCAAGUUCCUGCCGGUGCUGGGACAAGUCACGCUCGAUGUGAUCAAGGGACGACAGACUGCCCUCACGGAUCGCUUCCGAUGGCGCACCAGGCCGCAGCAGGCGAGAGAGGCAGUCACAGCGCACAGCAGCCUGCUCUACGACCAUGAUCUCAUUGCGGCUGCCAACGUGCCUGCCGAGAGGCUCUUCCAGGCGGCUGUUACACCAGCGGAGACGCAAGCUCGUCUAUGAUCUCAUCUGCCAAUUUUAAUUCUUUUCCUUGCUUUGCUCGAGCCUGUCGGUUCAAAGUUUAGCGCUGAGCAUGUUGAGGAAAGGCUGCGCUUGGAGAGGGAGGCACGGAUGUCCCGCUCGAGCAUGAGACAGCAGGUAUUUGCUUGCAGGCAGAGACGGCUAAGCCGCGCGAGGAUCGGCCCUCGCCGGUGCUUUUUUUUCUUAACUUGUGUCUCCUAUAAGAUCCAUGUACCAGCUUUGCAUCAUGAUCAGGAUCCUACAAGUCUGUCGAUGAGAACGGGUAGAACAUCGCCUCGCACAAAGACACAGAGCGGAUGGCGGUCUACGAUCGUCUGAGCGCGAGCGAGCGCCGAAUGGCGGUGGCCCUGGCCGCCCUUUUCGGCUUUCUCGGACGUGAGUGCAGGACGUCGCCCUCGCCGGUUCUUAUAUACUGAC